GCGGCGGGGGUGCCCCGCGCUCAGCCCUCCCGCAGAGAUUGCGCCCCGCGUCCCGCCCCACGCAGCUUCCGGGAGGGUCCCCCCCGGCUUCCCGUCCAGCCCCUCGCCCCCAAACCACGGAGCCCAGAAUAUAAAGCCGGGGUGCAGCCCAACCCCUCCCUGCUGGAGGACCGGGUCGCUGCUCCGGGCGCAGGGAUGCCUCCUGGCAGAGGCCGCGCUGGGGGUGAGCGCCCCCAGGCCGGGAGCAAAGGGCGGGCAGGGCCAGCCGAGGGUCUCGCCUUUCCUGCGGCCCGCCAGGCACAGACCGCGGCCAUGCAGCUUUGCUUGGAGCCGUCCUUGCUGUGUUGUCAAGCCUCGCCUUCUGGCAAGCCCGGCCGAAAUUCCAGCCCACGCCCACUUCAGGCCGGCAAUCUGGAGAGGCCCUCCUGGGCUUUGUACCCUGACCCUCAGCUCCCUACCCUAGGGGACCAGCCAGGGGUGCACAGCUUGUGGGGAACCCAGAGCUGUGCUGGGCAUCCGUGCAGGGAUCCAGGCUUGUCUGGGGAUAAGCAUUAGUGAGGUUGUGCCCUCCUGGAGACAGGAGGUGUACAGAGAGGCCUAGGGCCCCCCUGCAAGGUUCAGACUCUGGCACCACGCGGCUUUGGGGCCCCCACAGUCACCCUCCAGACCUGGUUCUGGGGCUCUUGGAGUGCAGGCUGGCAGUCUGACAAAGUGGGAGCCCCCUGGCUUCAGCCCGCAGUCCCCCAAAGUACAGUUGAGGAGAGUUUUCCAGAAUGAUUCAUCUUAUGUAGACCAUUGUUUUAAAGCCACACGCCAAGUUGUCGCUGGAGACACCCUCUGAAUUUUUAACCUCAUUCUUGGGCUAGAUAAUCUUGACAGUUCAGAAAACCACUCCCUGGGAGUCCGAACUUGAGACAGCAUUUAGAAGCAGUGGCCACGGUCAAGUCAAAAGUCUGUUUAAAAAGUGGGCCCAAGAUGCUACAGAGUACACGUAGGGAGAUGAAGACCCAGUCCUUGGACCGUUCUGCCAACGUUACACUGAACCUGGACUUGAAGAGAAUCACAGGAGCUGCUAGUUUGUGUCAAGAGCCAACCAACCCGAGAUGUGCCGCUGAGCCUGACUCCCAGUAGUCGACAGUUCCACCCGCCCAGAGGUUUUGCGCCUUCGUCCCGUCGCCCCCUCUUGACGACUUCGGAAGGUAAACCCCGCGUCUGCUCCUUCGCCGGAGAAGAUGGACAGAGGGAUGACGGAAGAAGGACACGCGUGUCAGCUUCCACGAGCUCGGCCCAGGGGACUUGGAAGCACUUUCUCAUGAGUCUCCUCGGCCACCCGCCCUGUACAGCCGAGAAAGUUGAGGCCGGGGGGCCCGCGGCUGGCCGGACCUUCGCCAGGCCUACGGCUCCCACGCGACCUGACCCGGGGCACCCGCCCGGCGUGCCCCCCCACAGGAUGUGAAGCGGGCAGAGAAGCAAAGCCCCGCCUCUGCACACCGCCCGCUAGGAUGUUUCUCAUGAACGCACCUCCUGUGCUGGCCCUGCGGUCCGCGUGGGAGGCCUUCGGCCCGCCGGGGAGCUGUAGGUUUCCCCGAUGCUUCUCGGAGCCCAGAGAGGGCGUCUCGAGAGCGGCGGCGAGCGCCCAGGUGCAGAUGGCCAUCAGCAGGCUUCAGGGCGACGGGGCAGCCCUGGGCAUGAGCGGCGACCAUGCCCGGCCGGGAAGCCAGAGGGCGGAGAGGGGCCGGGGCUCCCUGCCGACUGCCAGCCCCACCUUUGCGGCCUGUGGUCUUGCCGCAGGUCUUGAUCCCAAGCUGGAGGAGGAGGAGGCCUCCAAUUGCCGGCCUCUGGUGCCGGAUUCAGACAGCGACGACUCGGUGGACCGGGACAUCGAGGAAGCCAUCCAGGAGUACCUGAGGGCCAAGAGUGGGGCCGCCCCGCCGCCUGCAGCCGGGGACGCGGCCCGUCGCUGCAGACCAGAGCCACCUCUGAGCUGCGCCCCAGCCGCCCCGUGUCCCCCAAACCCUGCAGCUGGCCCCAGCCCUGUCCAGGGCUCCGCCUCCCCGCUCAGCGUGAGCAGUGACGACUCCUUCGAACAGAGCAUCCAGGCAGAGAUCGAACAGUUCCUGAGCGAGAAGAGGCUGCACGAGACCCAGAAAGGUGACCUCCCUGCCGACAGAAAGGCAGACCCCGGUGACAGCUUGGCCAGAGCGACCUGCAGGCCCGGCAGAGAGCAACUGCUGAAGGCACCGCAGCAGGACCUGCCGGGCACCGGCAAGGAGUUCAUCUUCCGGAAGCUGCCCAGGUCAGCGAAGCCCAGCACACUGCCCAGAGGCCUCAGGUGCAAGGUCGCCGCCGAGCCGGCUGCUGCUGCCACCGCGGGGCCCCCUGCAGAGGCUGCACCCGGUAAAGGCAGGGUCCGCAGGGGCGCAGGCUCCGCACGGAAGGGCAGGCAGCCGAGGAGCGUGGCCCUGGUGCACGAGGAGCCCGACUCGAGCAGCGACGACGGCAUCGAGGAAGCCAUCCGGCUGUACCAGCGGGAGCGGCGGAGGGAGGCCCGGGGCCACCAGGGGCCCCUGCCAACGGAGGAGAAGGGGCCCGUGGUCCCUGCUCACAGCCUGAGGGGCCUCUGGCCAGAGGCCCUCAGCAAAACCCCUGGCAAGAAGAAGCCAGCGGCCCCCAAGGCCACGGAACGCGGCCCGGACCCUGAGCACCCGCCCAGGCCCCCCAGGGAAACCACAGCUCCCGUGCCUCCGGGGAGCGCGGCUGCUGAGAGCCUGGGCGUGGACGGGUCCCCACGCCGGGCAGACACGUCUGCUGAGCUGAUGUGCGCCGAGGCCAUCCUGGACAUCUCCAAGACCAUCCUGCCAGCCGCCGUGGAUGGUGGGGAAAGGCCCCCACCCGCCAGCCCGCUGCGCCAGGGCCUGGACGGGCCUGCCCGCCCCGACGGCGCCAGCAGCUCAGUGGACAGCGACGACAGCAUUGAGCGGGAGAUCCGGACGUUCCUGGCCCUGAGGGCGCAGCCGGGGGGCCCACUGCCCCGCACGGAGACCCGUGCCCGGCCUGCCCGCAGCCCGCCACUGCCGCCCAGCCUCAGCGCCCCAGCCCCCGACACUCCAGACCCAUCCCCGGGCUGCAGGAGGCGGCGCAGCAGGAUGCCGUGCAUGCCCAGGCGGCCCAGAGACACGGCCGAGACGCAGGACGCCCAGGACGCCGAGCGCGGCCGGGGCCGGGUGCAGCCUGGCCAGGGGCGAGCCCCCGAGACCCCCAGAAGGGAGAGCGAGAGCCGUGGGCCGCCUCUCCCCUUCAAGACGGGCGGACCGGGCGAGGAGCUCGGGGCCCCGGACCCGCUUGGAGCCGCACUGCCAGGCCCCAGGCAGACGGCCGAGGGGAGGCGUGGGGACACACAGGUGAGCUCUGAGGAGAAGAGCAGCUCGCUGGACAGUGACGAGGACCUGGACACGGCCAUCAAGGACCUGCUGCGCUCCAAGCGGCGGCUCCGGAAGCGGUACAGAGACCCCCGGGCCGGCUGCAAGAAGAGGGUCCGCUUCAGCACCACAGAGACGCAGUUCCUGGACAAACUGGGGGGCCUCCAGAAAGACUGGAGAGACCGAAGCCCCCACCUGCUGAAAAGCUGUCUCUCCAAGUCCAGAAGAGACAGCAGGGAGACCGCGGGGAGACCCCCGCACAUCCCCAGCCAGGAAACAUCAAGGGCAAAGGCGGACGGCUCAGGGCUGGAGGACGCGCCCCCGGGCCCCUCAGCGCCCUGGACCCGGGGCAGGGCCGCGCCCAGGGGCCUGUUCUGCAGGGAGUGGGAAGCCCGCGAGCCGCCCGGUGCCACCGGAAGCCCCAGCUCCGUGUCCGGCGACAGCAGCCCCGUAGACAGCGACGACAGCAUUGAGCGGGAGAUCAGGAGGUUUUUGGCCGAAAAGGCCAAGCAGCCCGUGAGCGGAUCAGAAAUUCCAGGAGCGGGCCCAGCCACCCUGGGAACGCCGACUGGGGCCAGGCCGCAGCUCCCGGGCCGGAAAGCACCGCCCCCCGGCCCAGCUACCCAGCCAGGCAUGUGCACACGGAGCCAGAGGGUCAGGGGGGGCCCGCAGCCAGGGGCCGAGGGACCCCGGGGGCCAGGAAGAGCCCUCGCUGCAGGCGGGGGGAGCAGUCCGCACCCUGAGCAGCCCUGCCCCCCAGCCACCCUGGCCCGGUGCGAGGUGGUGCCUCCCAGGAGCACCAGCGGGCCUGCCCCUGCCAAAGGGCCGCCAGCUCCCAGGAGAAACGUCUGUGCCCCCAGAGACCCGGGCCCCAGGGGGCCCGAGGGGGUCGCAGGAGAGGGCACGUUCAGCCAGCUCCCGAGCCGCGCAGAGGCUGGUGCCCGGGCAGAGGGCCGCAGCUCACUGGCACGGACCCCGGGCUCCGAGCGGGACGGGGUGUCCCGGGCCGGCCUCGCCCUGCCCUGGCCCGACCUCAGCCCCCAGAGCCGGCUGCAGAGCACCUGGGUACUGGGCCCGGAAGGCAGGGAUGGGGCUGCGUGGAGAGGGGGCCUCAGCGGCCAGAGGGAGAAGGGGCCGGGGAGCCAGGCCCGGGGCUCACCCAGCCUCGCCACAGACCCCCGGAGGGGCCUGCCCUUCGCCGGCUUCUCGCCGCUGCGCUCCACGCAGCUGUUCCAUUUCGGGAAAAGCGUGCCCUGGGGCACCAAGCAGGCCGGCCUCUUCAGCCCCAGCCUGGGUCUGCCGCUGCAGGGCCCAUCCUUCUCGGCCUUCCGGGAGGCCCAGGCCACCCGCAGCCCGGUGUUUGGAAGCCCGCGCCUGCUGGUGAAGGAAGGCGACCGCUGGCCUUGCAGGAAGCCCCGGGCAGGGCUCAGCCUGUCCGACAGGAGGGGGUCGGGGCCGGAAGAGAGUGUCCUGGACCUGCGGUUCGGGCGCAGGGGGCUGGACAGAGACGACGAGGAGCCGGAGGCCUUGGGCAGCGAUGCCAGCGAGCUCAGCGACACGUCAGUGGAGGAGGGCGGCGGGCCCACGGCUCAGGGCCCGGUGCUGCAACUGUGAGCUCGGCGUGCACACGUGACCCACAUCCACGCUCCUGAUGGAACAGGGGCCCUGGAGGCCCCUGUGCAGCCUGUACAUUUGUACACUAACGUGAAACCGUGUUUUUAUUUAACAGAAGUGUCCUGGUAAAUAUGAUUUUUGUAGCCUUUUUUGUAAAUUAUUUAAAGUGCUGUAAAAACUAUUUUUGGUGAACGCCGUGGUUGGAUCCUGCAGGGCGUUCCUCGCAGCGGUUUUCCGUGGUCUCCGCACAAGUCUUGGAUCAGCGGACGUUCGGUUCCGCACAUCCCCGUGCUUGGCGCUGACCGCUGGUGGGCACGGCCUGCUGCAACCCAAUGCCAGCCUCGGGAAGGCAGCAGCCGGAGCCCUGCCCGAGAUUCACCAGACACCGCAGCAGUCCCUGUCAGGGUGCUGCCGGGCAGCACUUCUCACAUGAAAGAGCCCCCGCCUCCCCCACGGAGGCCCAACGGGGUCCUCAAGCAGAAAAGCGUUUCAAAGCACAAAGGCCGGCGAGCAAACCAGCCACCCGGGGCGCACAUGGAGACCCCCAGUGAGACCGCCAGCCGGCCGUUCACACCUGGAGCCUCUGUUGUUCAGCGUCCAGGCCUCCUCAGUUCUGACACGAGUCCACCAGCUCAGUAUACCACUUUUUAUGCGGAAGCUGCCGUCCUUCACGUUUAAUCACAGCUCCGGCCGGUCUCAGCCAGCCCGUGUGUUUCCAGUGUCCUCACCCUCAUCGGUGCCCACGGAGCGGCUGGUGCCCGGAGUCCUGAGGACCGAGCCCCAUGCCUGCUGGGGGCUGGGCGGGUUGGGGGUGGGCUCUGGCAGGGGGCCGGCGCGCCCGUCCUUCCCGCGUUCUCUGUGUGUCUGCCUGGCGGUGCCGCGCACAGCUGGGACGAGCCUGGUGCCCUGUGCCUUCUGCUUCACAGCUGCGGCGGAGCCCACAGCCGAGCAUGGACGUUCACACACCGUUGUCCAGCGAACUUUCAGCGGCCACCCGAGUGUCACGGCUCAUCGGUGCAGCUGCGGUGGGCCUGGGGCGAGGUUUAAGUUGCAGCUGAAGUUGGCCGUUAUUCUAACGUGCAAGUGAAUUUUCACAGGUCGUGCCCCCGCCCUGGGUCUCAGCGGGAAUACCAACUGGGGACAUGUGCAGCACCUACAAUGUCCGGGGUCAGACGCUGUGAUGAGCAGCCCUGUGGAUCCCAUGACCCCCUGGUGCCCGCGUGGUGUGCAUCUGAUGUUUCCAUUGGCAAAUAUUCAUUCACUGAAGUGCUUCCCAGGAAAUCAACUCAUUAAUCCAUGCUUUAAAUUGUAUUUAAUUUUAAAGGAGUGCUUUUAACACUUGACAACAAAAAUCAGCUUGUUUUGUAUAUAUGAACUGGGUUUUUUUAAUGCUAAUAAAUCAAGCGCUGCUCACACCUCAA